AUGUCGACGCCAAACCGAAGGCAGAGGGACUCGCAGUCUGCGACGCCCCGUCGCUCAACGCGGAAUUCUGAGGCCGGAACCCCCGCGCAAUUGGUGUCCAGCCCGCUCUUCUAUCAGUCCUCGCCAGCUCCCGCACAAGGCAUCGAUGAGGUCAUGGGAGAUGUUUCGUCGCCUCUGCGGCAGAUGUCCAACAGCCAGAGCACGCAGCCUACCAAUGGGCAUGCGCCGAGCUCACCGCUGAGGCAGAUGACUGAUACUCAGUCGACUGGCCAACGAACACCGCGAGCCAGUGCAGGCCUUGCUGGAGAAUCUUCUCCCAUUCGAUACGAACCUAGCUCUAGUCCUGGCCGGACCCCGAGGCUGCACUCGGAUCUGCGCAGCGAAAGCAGUGGCCUCUUUGUUGGCUCCAGCCGUGGGACGCCUUACAGACGUGGAGACAUCAAUUCAGACACCGUCAGAACCCCUCGUGCUCCUCGACAUGUUAUCCUGGACGAAGCAGGGCGAGUAAUGAGAGAGGGCCAAGCCCCCGGCUCCGACGCUGCCUCUUUCGCGAACCGAGACCCCAAUACCUCUGAGGCCGAUCAUCUGGGUGGCGCCGGUCAAAGUCUCAUCUGGGGUACUACUGUGUCCAUUGAUGAUACAUUUGCCACUUUCAAAGACUUUUUGCGACACUUCACGCUCAAGUACCGCAUGUAUAGGGAUGGUCUUACGGAUGCCGAGGUGCAUGCUGCCCCCGACGCCGAAUCCAAGCCUUACUGGGAGGCUCUGCAGAACAUGCUAUUGCUUGGCACCACUAGACUUUACCUCGACAUUUCGGAUUUGAAUCUCUACCCACCAACAAGGAAGCUAUGGCAUCAGAUCCAAGCCUACCCUCAGGAGGUGGUGCCUGUCAUGGAUCAGUCUGUUCAUGACUUGAUGCUUGACAUUGCUCAGGCUGAGACGAUGAGGAACCGGCCGUCACAAAGUAGUGCCGGACAGCAAGCUUCUCAACGAAGCACCCAAGGCUCUGAGCCUGUAUUUCCUAGCUCUGACAGGCCUGACGAGGGCAUCACUCCUACACCCCGUCCUCGAGACGAAGAACCCACCUUGGAGGAUCAAGUGGCAGCUUCACUUUACGUCGUGCGUCCGUUUGGUCUUGAUAAUAUGACUAAUUUGAGAGACCUGAACCCUUCUGACAUGGAUCGCCUUGUAUCUAUCAAGGGCCUUGUGAUUCGUACCACACCAGUGAUCCCCGACAUGAAAGAUGCCUUCUUCCGCUGCAACGUCUGCAACCACUCGGUCAACGUCGGGUUGGACAGGGGCAAGAUUCGAGAGCCUACUGAAUGUCCUCGUCCCAUGUGCGCCUCCAAGAACUCGAUGCAGAUCGUCCACAACAGGUGCUCAUUUGAAGAUAAGCAAGUCAUCAAGCUUCAAGAGACCCCAGACAGCAUUCCUGCCGGCCAGACGCCCCAUUCCGUCUCCGUAUGCGUCUAUAACGAGCUUGUUGACUUCUGCAAGGCUGGUGAUCGUGUUCAGUUGACUGGCAUCUUCCGCGUCAGUCCUGUGCGAGUGAAUCCGCGACAAAGGGCCAUCAAAAGCAUUUACAAGACCUAUGUGGAUGUCUUGCAUGUUCAAAAAGUCGACAAGAAGCGCCUUGGAGCUGACCCAUCCACACUUGGUGUGGAAGGCGAAGAUGAGGUGGAAACACGCAAGGAUGAAAUGGAAGAGACUCGUCGCAUUACGGCCGAGGAUGAGCUGAAGAUCCGAGAGACGUCACGUCGCCCUGACAUUUACGAGCUCCUUUCCAGAUCACUAGCUCCUUCGAUCUAUGAAAUGGACGACGUCAAGAAGGGUAUCCUGCUGCAGCUCUUUGGCGGCACCAAUAAGACCUUCCAAAAGGGUGGCAGCCCCAAAUACAGAGGCGACAUCAACAUUCUCCUCUGUGGUGAUCCGUCUACCGCUAAAUCGCAAAUGCUGUCAUAUAUCCACAAGAUUGCUCCUCGUGGUGUUUAUACAAGUGGCAAGGGUUCUUCGGCCGUUGGUUUGACUGCAUACGUCACUCGUGAUCCCGAGACUAGACAGCUUGUUCUCGAAUCUGGUGCUUUGGUACUGUCUGACGGAGGUGUUUGCUGCAUUGACGAGUUUGACAAGAUGAACGAAUCGACUCGGUCAGUCCUUCACGAGGUAAUGGAGCAGCAGACAGUGUCAAUAGCCAAGGCCGGCAUCAUCACCACUCUCAACGCUCGAACCAGCAUUCUUGCUUCUGCCAACCCCAUCGGCAGUCGCUAUAACCCCGACCUGUCCGUCCCUCAAAAUAUCGACCUUCCGCCCACCCUACUUUCCCGUUUCGACCUCAUCUAUCUUAUCCUUGAUCGAGUUGACGACAAGACGGACCGUCGGAUGGCAAAGCAUCUCUUGUCCAUGUACCUGGAAGACAAGCCUCAGUCGGCACCCACCAGCAACGACAUCCUCCCUGUCGAGUUCCUGACUCUGUACAUCUCGUACGCCCGCGCCAAUAUUCAGCCCGUGAUUUCAGAAGAAGCCGCCAAGGAGCUUGUCGACAGCUACGUCGCCAUGCGCGCUCUCGGCCAAGACGUCCGCGCCGCAGAGAAGCGCAUCACGGCCACCACUCGACAACUCGAAAGCAUGAUCCGUCUCGCCGAAGCCCACGCCAAGAUGCGUCUCUCCGAGACCGUCACGAAGGACGACGUUCAGGAAGCUUACCGCCUCAUUCAGUCUGCCCUUAAAACGGCCGCUACGGACUCUGAGGGUAGAAUUGACAUGAGCCUGCUCACAGAAGGCACCAGCACCGCGGAACGGAAGCGCCGCAGCGAACUCAAGGACGCGGCACUCCGGCUGCUGGAUGAGAUGACUGCUGGCGGAAACACCGUCCGAUGGAACGACGUGUCCAGGAGACUGGCUGAAUCUUCCAGCGUGCCCAUCGAGACGGCUGAGUUUAAUGAAGUAAUGAGAGCGCUGGAGGCUGAGAAUGCCAUCAUGGUGUCUGGCGAGGGUGCGAGAAAGAGUGUUCGGAGAGUUACGGCCGUUGUUUGA